AUGGAGUGGGUUGGCGAGCCUAGUGACGAAAACGAACUAAUUAGCCGGCUUCCUGAGAAUGUGAUACAUAACAUCCUCAUGUUGUUGCCCAUCAAAGAUGCAGCCAGAACAGCUCUCUUGUCAAGCACCUGGAGGCGUCACUGGAGAAGCAUUCCUCAACUUGUGUUCGACGAUGGGUUCGCUCCGACUGAACCGAACGAUAAGUUGGUUCCGAACAUCUACAAGUCUCUGCUGGCUCGCGAUGGGCCGGUGAUCAAGUUCGUGCUUGCAGUUCCCGGAUUGAACCCCUGCCACGAGAUUGAUCACAUCAUUGUGCAUCUUUCUGGCAUAGGUGUCCUCCAGCAUUUCACCCUUGUCCUUUCCAGUAAAGACUCUCACAGUCACAGCUGGUACAGGCUGCCAUCCUCGUUGUUCGCUGCUCCUCGACUGAAUUAUCUGAAACUGGAACGUUGUUUGUUCGUGGUACCACCGUGGUUUGUUGGGUUCGGUCAGCUUAAAAAACUCCGUCUAAUUAGAGUAAACGUGCCAUCAGACUUCUGUGAGAAUUUCCUUCCCAAGUGCCCAUUGCUUGCAAGUAUGCUUAUAGUCUCCUGCACUGGCCUUGAAAAGCUUGAGCUAGAUGCUCCGCGGCUCAAGCUGUUCAACUUUGAGGGGGAAAUGCAGAAACUAUGCUUCAAGCGUACUCCAUGUCUGUCUGUACUGCGACUUUCUGUAUAUGGCGGGUUGCAGAACCCUGAUUUGGCAGCUUUAUUAGCUUCUCUCCGGGUACUUGAGCGGUUUGUUGUAGCAUCAGAAUCUUUAGAAGUAUUUGGUAAAGGUGGUCAUGUCUCCACCAGGCUUCCUUCCCCUCAUUGCCGGCUGAAAACACUCUGCAUCUAUCUUAAUGUCAUUACUAGUUUGGGGGAGCGCAUUCUUGUUUUCCUAAUCUCGAGUGCUCCCAACUUGCAUAAACUCGUGAUUCAGGUUGCGUGCAUGGUUAGCCGGCGAAAUCAGCUUGCAUAUAACUUGGCGACUAGCAUAGGAACCUUGUUAGAAGCAGCACACCGUCGUGGACCAUGUUUGCAGCAUCUCAGAGUAUUUGCAAUUGAAGACGGCCUUGGGGCACCGCUUGAGUUGGAACUUGUCAGGUUCAUACUUGCCACAGCCCCAAAUCUUUUGAGGGUUGAGAUUAAGCCGUCUUUUCUAUUAUGCUCCAGAAAGGUUUUCGAAUUUAUGAAGGAGGUGAUGCGAUAUAAGCGUAUAUCUAAAGAAGCGCAGGUCCUAUAUGAUUACAGUGAAGAGAACCACUCCCACCUCUGUAGUUGCUGCCUAUGAUGCACCACCAUUUUUGCCUCCUCAUCUUCUAUCAAGCUGCUUCUUGCAAAAUGAAGGCUUUCAUAGAUACAUGUUUUGUUUUGUUAUUGUAGCUCUGACCGUUCAAGAGUUUCGUGCCAACAAUGUGGCAGACGAAUGCCACCAGUGCAGCAACUGGAUCCAUAUAUAGAACAUCUCAUCUUGUAAUUACUUAGCAAUUUCAUAAGUGGUUCUCAUUGUCAAAUCGGCAUCCUUAGCAAGACUGCAAAGAGUUCAUACCACCUACAUUCCUUUAACUUCAUUUGCAAUUUCAGUUUUUGGGAUUCUUGUAAUGCUUUAGUACAUUGUACUGGAAUUGCUAGUUAAUUAUCGCGUGCUGUGAUUCUCACAGUUACAAGCCAAAGAGAACUAGUUAAUUAUCAGCAUGUACAGAGAGAUCGAUCGACGAUUGACGGUGUAGUAUUAUGUAGAAUGGCCUUUCUGGGGUGAUCGCAGUCUGCAGCUGAACUUGGAGCAUCAAGAGACGGAUUAGCCGGCGUUGCAAAAGGUGUGAUCGUAGAG